GAAAACCGGAAGUGUAAUUUUUCCUCCUGCUGGCGAUAGCGUAAGCUACUUUGGUGUCAUCGUCUUAACGGAUUGGGGUUGGCAACAGAAACAACAACCUUAUUUCGUGUCCAGCCACGAAUACAUAUUUUCGUUGGGGUUUCUGGAGAGAUGAACAACAACGGGAACAAAAGAGCUCCAACUACAGCCACUCAGAGACUUAAGCAGGAUUACCUCAGGAUAAAGAAAGACCCCGUGCCUUACAUUUGUGCAGAGCCCCUUCCCUCCAACAUCCUAGAAUGGCACUAUGUAGUCAGAGGUCCUGAGAAAACCCCGUAUGAAGGUGGAUAUUACCAUGGAAAACUUAUAUUUCCCAGAGAAUUCCCUUUUAAACCACCAAGUAUCUACAUGAUAACGCCAAACGGGAGAUUUAAGUGCAACACAAGGUUAUGUUUGUCCAUCACAGACUUCCACCCGGAUACGUGGAACCCAGCGUGGUCCGUCUCGACGAUCCUCACGGGUUUGCUCAGCUUCAUGGUGGAAAAAGGACCCACUCUUGGCAGCAUUGAGACCUCUGAUUACACAAAAAGACAGCUAUCAGCCCAAAGCCUGGCUUUCAACCUCAAAGACAAAGUAUUCUGUGAGCUGUUUCCUGAUGUAGUUGACGAGAUGAAGCAGAAGCAGAAGGCCCAGGAGGAGCUUAAUGCCCGUACACAGCCUCUCCCCUUACCUGAUGUGGUGCCUGACGGAGACCCCCAGCAAGCCCACUAUGGCCUCCCAGCCCUCAACGGUGGUCCUGCCCCACUAGGGGGUGCCAACCCCGCCCCUGGCCAGCAGCAGGCCAAUCGUAACCAUGGACUACUAGGUGGGGCUCUAGCCAACCUCUUUGUGAUUGUAGGCUUUGCAGCAUUUGCCUACACAGUGAAGUACGUGCUGAGGAGCAUAGCGCAGGAGUGAGAGGAGCCGGUGUUUUAGGGCAGCGCUCCCCUCCCCCUGCAGGUGAGCCAACUAGUGGACUCGACAUUCUACAAACACACUACGUGGGGUGGGGAGGGAUGUUCAUUCCCGAUCAAACCCCUCCACAACCACAACCUCCACCACCACCACUACUACCACUACCAACAUGGACUUUGGAAGACAAAAACUCAAAGCCCACCUAGCCAGGAAGGACUGAGGGGAGGAGGAGGAGGUGGGGGAUGGACGGGAGUGGCUGUAGAGCCGGGGAGACUGGAGGGGUUUAUUAAAACGGUUGUGAUCUACUCUGUGCUUCUGUGGUUUAUAUCACUUCUAGAAACAAACUUGGCUCAUGGGUUGUGGGAGAGUGUAGCUCUGUGGGUCAUUUUGUUGCAGACUUCACAGCAGACAUAUUGAUUUCCUUUGUGAAAAUGAACGUUGCAUAACUGGAAAACUUGUUAAUUCUAAAUUGUUUGCCUCUGCCAAUCACUUCUUUAGAAAGCAUUCCCAUCUGCAUUGUUUCCUGCUAAUUCAUUAGAGGAAAUAAAAUCCUCAGGGGAUGAAGAGAUGAUUUGAUCCAGCUCCAAGACUUUUUAUUUUAUUUUUUAGAGUGACAUGAGGAGACCAAAUAAAUACAAGUCAAGUUUCGCGUCAUCCAUUGCCUCGGAAAAACCUCAAAGUAAUAGUUAUGCUUUCCAAUUUGUGUGUCAGGGGUGUUACGUCUUCUGCUUUCUGUUUCCCAUGAAUGGGUUUGAAUGCAUCCCUGGUAUACCGUUCAAAGGCUGCCAGGCUACAGUGCUGGGAUACAUGCCGAGAAUACAUUAGUGUAAUUUAGUAAAGGUUGGACAUGAUAAUAAGGAUUUGCAAAAUGUGACUGUGGCCAAAAUAAUUAUGAAUCAAUGAAUUCCCAUCCAGGGAAGUAUAAAAGGCAGAUUCUGUGAAUAGUGUAAGAUCAGUAACUUUUAAUAAUCAGACACUAUAUGAUAAACAAGUGUAUAACAGCAAAACUAUACGUGCACUUACAUGAAAAUGGGUGUGAUAAAAGAAAGCUCAUGCUUGUCAGUACUUGUCAGUUUAUAUCCCUGUCUGAGAUUCAGCACCGGUGAUGCGUCACUGACUGAGAGAGUAGACAUAACUCCAGCCUUGAUUUCUAUUCAUAUAUGCAGUCAGAGAGCAUGAAGAAAACAAAAGUUGGCCUUUGAUCUGUGAAGCAGCUAAAGCUACACGGUCAGAGUUAGAUGUUAUAGCAGACGGUCUCUCCAGUCAACCCAUGAGCCAAGCAGUGUCUGCACAAAAAUAAACAGAGACAAGGACCUUCUUUUAAUUUGGCUUAGCCAAUCAGUAUAGCAGCAAUCUACAUAGGAUUAAAUGAGGAGACCCAUGCAGAGAACCAUUUUUUUUUUGUUUCUGUAUAUUCCUUUUAUUUCUUCUUUUUUAAAUCAUUUUUUUCUCUUUGUGUUUUUGUUCUCUUUUAUUUAUAGAAAUGUCCAGCUUGUCUGUCGUGGUUCUAAGGAAAACACCUAGUGUUUUUUCUUAGGGCUGUGCAGUCAAACACACGGUCGUGUUAGUGGUGCUGGCUCACACAAUUGCUGAUGAUUUACUGUUGUGCAUUGCAUUUAGUAAAAGCUGGUUCUACUGUACUGCAUCUAAUGCUUCCAUAGGAAGAAAACUCCGAAAGCAGAAGAUUCUCUUGUCCGUUGCUCUUUUCUUGGCGCCAUCUCAAAAUAAGACCAACUUGAUGAUGAUGAUGAUGAUGACGAUGAUUAUGAUGAGAGUGUGUUUGUGUGAUUAUACAGCAAAGGCCCAAAUUACCAUGCUUCAAUUAAUCUUGUGUGGCAUUGUCUCUGUUUUCAUAGUAAAUGCAAAUAAAUUAC